ACCUUUCUCUGCCUGAAACUUUUUGCCUUUUUAAAAGAAAAAAUUUGGGAAGCGAUUGAAUCAUCCCAAAAUCACCACUACUGGGAUUUCUUCUUCUCGGCUCAGUUGGUAUUAGUUGUAAGGAAAUGGCAAGAAUUGAGUAAGGGGUAACACGUCUUCUUCAUAGAGUCAUUAUGGGGCUCUUUUCUCUUCCCAAUGGCCAUGUUCAGAGGCUCUAUGGAACUACCUGGUUCUGGGUUAUGCUGUUGUUCUUGCUACAGAACGGCAAUGGGAUACUCUCAGCUUCGACUUAUUUAGUUGGACUUGGAAGCUAUGACAUUACAGGACCCUCUGCAGAUGUCAAUAUGAUGGGUUAUGCUAAUAUGGAGCAGAUUGCAUCUGGAGUUCACUUCAGGUUGAGAGCUCGUGCAUUUAUUGUGGCAGAGCCUCAGGGGAGCAGGAUGGUUUUUGUAAAUCUUGAUGCUUGCAUGGCUUCACAACUCGUGACAAUUAAAGUGAUUGAGAGGUUGAAGGCAAGGUAUGGGAACCUAUACAAUGAACAGAAUGUUGCUAUUAGUGGUAUUCACACUCAUGCAGGUCCUGGGGGCUAUCUUCAAUAUGUGGUGUAUCUUGUAACAUCUCUUGGAUUUGUGCGUCAGUCAUUUGAUGCUCUUCUUGAUGGCAUUGAGAAAAGCAUUAUACAAGCUCAUGAAAAUCUCCGGCCAGGGUCAAUUUAUGUUGAAAAAGGAGAGAUUUUGGAUGCUGGUGUGAACCGUAGUCCUAGUGCUUAUCUGAACAAUCCUGCCAAGGAACGGAGUAAAUAUAAGUAUGAUGUUGAUAAAGAGAUGACUCUCCUGAAAUUUGUGGAUGAUGAAUGGGGCCCAGUUGGUAGCUUUAACUGGUUUGCAACUCAUGGGACUUCUAUGAGUCGUACAAAUUCAUUGAUAAGCGGAGACAACAAAGGAGCUGCUGCACGAUUUAUGGAGGACUGGUUUGAACAGAAUGGGUUUCUGGAUGAUGUUGAAAACCUGAACUCUGAUACAUAUGCUGGCCACAGCAUCCCCCGAAGAAUUUCAAGCAUUAUUCCUAAUCUUCAUAACUAUGACGAGUUGAGGGAUCUUGCUGCCUCAUAUCAAUCUUCUCGCGGGAGGCCAACAACCAGGAUGUUGAGUAUUUCUAGUCGUGUUAGGAGCGCUCUGAGGCAGGCUGAAAGGCCUAGAUUUGUAUCUGCUUUUUGUCAGUCAAAUUGUGGUGAUGUUAGCCCAAAUGUGCUUGGUACUUUCUGCAUAGACACUGGACUACCUUGUGAUUUCAAUCAUAGUACCUGUGGUGGGAAGAACGAACUCUGCUAUGGCCGAGGCCCAGGUUACCCGGAUGAAUUUGAAAACACGCGUAUAAUUGGAGAAAGGCAAUUUAAAAAAGCUGUGGAUCUCUUUAACAAAGCAUCUGAGCAAUUGAAAGGCAAGAUUGAGUACCGGCACACCUACAUAGACUUCUCCAAGCUUGAAGUUACACUUCCUAAACAGGACGGAGGUUAUGAGGUGGUCAAAACAUGCCCUGCUGCCAUGGGGUUUGGUUUUGCUGCAGGAACAACCGAUGGACCUGGAGCUUUUGAUUUCAAGCAAGGAGAUGACAAGGGUAAUGCGUUCUGGAGGUUGGUGCGAAACGUAUUGAAAACACCGGGUAAAGAUCAAAUCAAUUGUCAAAAUCCAAAGCCUAUUUUGCUUGAUACCGGUGAAAUGAAGGAACCGUAUGACUGGGCGCCUUCAGUACUUCCAGUUCAGAUUCUGAGAAUAGGGCAACUAAUCAUUCUCGGUGUACCUGGAGAGUUCACAACAAUGGCUGGGAGGCGUCUCCGUGAUGCUGUGAAGUCGGUGCUUACUUCUGGAGCUAAUGGAGAAUUCAACAGCAAUGUGCAUGUUGUUAUAUCAGGCCUGACAAAUACAUAUUCACAGUACGUUACCACAUUUGAGGAGUACGAGGUGCAGAGAUAUGAGGGUGCCUCCACGCUGUAUGGUCCGCACACUCUGAGCGCUUAUAUUCAAGAGUUCAAGAAGCUUGCACAAUCUCUCAUCAGUGACCAAACUGUUGAACCGGGUGUAGACCCCCCAAAUCUCUUGGACAAGCAAAUCAGCUUUCUAACACCUGUCGUCAUGGAUGCAACCCCGCGUGGUGCCCAAUUUGGGGACUGUUGCACUGAUAUCCCUCAGAAUUCCACAUUCAAGAGAGGGGACAUGGUUUCAGUUAAGUUUUGGUCGGCUUGCCCUAGAAAUGAUCUCAUGACAGAGGGGACAUUUGCCCUGGUGGAGUUUCUCCAAGAAAAGGAAACAUGGAUACCAGCUUAUGAUGAUGAUGAUUUCUGCUUGCGCUUUAUGUGGUCUCGUCCGACAAAACUAAGCACUCACAGUCAGGCAACCAUAGAAUGGAGAAUCCCACAAUCAGCAAUUCCAGGUGUGUACAGGAUAAGUCAUUUUGGUGCCUCAAAGAGCCUUUUUGGUACGGUUAAGCAUUUCACAGGUUCCUCCGGUGCCUUUGUAGUGGCAUAGGUGAUGAGCAAUGUAAAGCAUCUACUUAGUUAUGUUUUUUAUGCUUUGUUUGUGACAA